AUGGCGAAUCCAUGGUGGACAGGACAAGUGAAUCUCUCCGGCCUUGAAACAACGCCGCCUGGUUCCUCUCAGUUAAAGAAACCAGAUCUCCACAUCUCCAUGAACAUGGCCAUGGACUCAGGUCAUAACAACCAUCAUCAUCACCAAGAAGUCGACAACAAUAACAACAACGAUGACGACAGAGAUAACUUGAGCGGCGACGACCACGAGCCACGUGAAGGAGCCAUAGAAGCCCCCACGCGCCGUCCACGUGGACGUCCUGCUGGUUCCAAGAACAAACCAAAGCCACCGAUCUUUGUCACGCGCGAUUCUCCAAACGCUCUCAAGAGCCAUGUCAUGGAGAUCGCUAGUGGGACUGACGUCAUCGAAACCCUAGCUACUUUCGCUAGGCGGCGUCAACGUGGCAUCUGCAUCUUGAGCGGCAACGGCACGGUGGCUAACGUCACUCUCCGUCAACCCUCAUCUGCCGCAGUUGCUACGGCUCCUGGGGGUGCGGCGGUUUUGGCUUUACAAGGGAGGUUUGAGAUUCUCUCUUUAACAGGUUCGUUCUUGCCCGGACCUGCUCCACCUGGAUCCACCGGUUUAACGAUCUACUUAGCCGGUGGUCAAGGUCAGGUCGUUGGAGGAAGUGUUGUGGGGCCAUUGAUGGCGGCUGGUCCGGUUAUGCUAAUCGCGGCCACGUUUUCUAAUGCGACUUACGAGAGAUUGCCUUUGGAGGAGGAAGAGGCGGCUGAGAGAGUCGGUGGAGGAGGCAGCGGAGGAGUGGUUCCAGGGCAACUCGGAGGGGGAGGCUCGCCGCUGAGUAGUGGUGGUGGUGGAGGGGAUGGCAAUCAAGGACUUCCGGUGUACAAUAUGCCUGGAAAUCUUGUUUCUAAUGGUGGCGGAGGAGGACAGAUGAGUGGCCAAGAAGCUUAUGGUUGGGCUCAAGCUAGGUCAGGAUUUUAA